ACGCAGCAAUCGUUACCCGCCCACUCUGCUUGGGCAGGAGCAGCUCGCAGAGCAGGAGCUGCCGUGGCCUCACAGACAAGACGGUUUCAAGUUACACUUCGACCGGGCUUUGUUUCAUUUCAUCAUCAAUAAUCGCGGUUUGGUCGCUUUAUAUCCGUACGGACAGUUUCAGGUUAAGUUAAGGUGGUCGUUCAAACAAUAAACCCAGGUACACUUUGGUAGAAAAGGCAGCAGAAGAAGAAGACAAUGUGGCAGACGAAGAAGCAGCAAAGUUGUCGCUUGGCUGUCAUGUUUGCUACUUGUUGAACACACUGCCAGGGCAGCCUGUAGAGAAAGUGAUGGCACAAUGAUGGCAGAGCUGCAGAUUGACCAGUCUAGCCUCCCCCGUGUCCAGGAAGUGCGGCAGAGUUUUGCUGUGUUGGAAGAUGGUGUGUUGGCACAUAAUCUGCAGGAGCAGGAAAUUGAGCAGUACUACACCACCAAUAUCCAGAAGAACCAGCUGGUGCAGAACGACAUCCGUGUAGCCAAGCAGCUCCAGGAUGAGGAGAAGGAGCAGCAGGCCCAGCAGAGAGCCCUGCUGAGACAAACUUCCAGACGACUAGAGGAACAGGACUUUGAGUAUGCCCGUGUUAUCCAGGAGGAGAUCCAGCAGACAUCUGAGGCAGCCUGGAGAAGGGAGCAGGAUGAUGAGGAAAUGGCUAGAAGAAUGCAAGAGGAAGAAGAGCAAAGGAUGAGGAGAACCCGAGAGCAGGAGGAGUACUGUGAAGGCAGCUCCAGCGGUUCUGCACCGCCAUCACCAAACCAGUUUACACUCGACCGUCAACAUCAGGGAGAGGUGCAGUACUCCCCUACCACCACUAGGUGGCCAUACUCUAACACACCUAACCAUCCAGACUUCUGUAGGCCUCCAGAUUACUACCCAGGCAGGAUAGAAGCUCACAAAACCAUAACUGUGCGGUCUGAUAAAGGACAUACACACUCCCAUCGAGAAUUUAGAAGGGAAUUAGAAGAGAGACAGAUGCAUGAAAUUUGUGAGGACUAUGUUUAUUCGGAAAACCAACCAAUUAAAAGACACAACACAGCAACCCUCCAUCGCAGAUCAUCCUUACAUUUGCCUCGAGAGAGAGACUACAGGACUCUUAACAGCAGGAUCGCAGAGGAGUUUGAUUGCUGGGAGAAGUAUUAUGAGAAUGGUGAUAAAGACAAGAGGGGGACAAGGGACUUGAAGCGGGAAAGGCGCUCCAGGGUGAAAAAUGGGGCUUGGACAAUCUCCAGUAAUGAGAAUGGAGCUUCAAGGUCAGUCGAGGUUGGACGACGGUGCAGUCGCAGUGAAUCUGUCAGGCUUUAUGACGCUACUGAUAAAAAGAAGAGCGACUUAAUUAGGACUUGGACCUACAGAGACAAUCCUGACAAACAUGUCCACUUCGCUGCCGACACCAGGAGCUUAAACAAGUGCCAGGACACAAACAUGGAUGUGUGGGAGAUGCUUGGCUAUAUCCUCCAGGAAAGAGGUGUCCCUGUGAGGCUCGGUGACAACGGAGCACCCCUGAAAAUAGGUCCUCAAAGCAGAGACAGGACUGAGAUCUCCUACGCCGACUCCCAACCCCAUCAGAUGGCCUUCCAAAGAACUGCCUCCGCCAGACACAGUUUCCAUGGAGACAUUAGGGAAAGGAAGAGAUUAAUUCACAGGGAGAACAGUGAGUGGGAUCACAGAGGAACUAAAGACAGCCAUCAUAACAUUUUGCUGCAUGACAGACAGCUUUAUGAUAUAAAUAGCAGAGACUCGUGUCUGUCCAACAGAGAGAGGCGGGGCAGUAGCAGUUUGAGAGCACUUAGAAGUCCUGACAAUGAGUACGAGAGGGGAAGCAGUUCCAGCAAUGAUGGAGUCAAGAGAACAACUGGCAGGCCUUGGCACAGUACAGUAGAACAUUUCAGUACUAAUGAUGAGAUGGAAAGGGGAGUAGAGCAUCCUCUUCGCAGACCCUUCUGCAGCAGAUGGUCCAGUUCAAGACGCAUGGCAGCAGUGGCAUCACUAAAACCCAAGAAAGAGCAGACAAGCUUGGACAUGGGAGAACUCCGGCAGGUUCUACAGGAUGAAGAGGUGGCCCGCAAGAUGCAAGAGGAAGAGUCAAAGUUGUUUUUGAGGACCUCACAGUCCACGCCAUGUCGAUGUCACCCACAGGGAGACUUCCGCGUCGCACAAGUGGCCCAGGACGAGGAAAUCGCUCAUUACAUGCAAAAGCAAGAAGUAAAGUCACACCGCAGAUCACGUGAUCUCGAAGGACCGGCAUCAUGGCGUGAACACAGAGCUAUGAUGAGUCUGCACGACAGGAGAAGUGCAAGAGAGAGACAGGUGCAGAGAGAGAGGCUCGAUUCUGAGGGUUUUCCUUCUCCCACAGAGGACUGUCCCCCAGAGAACCAGCCUCCCAGCCCCGUCUCCACACUACCACAACCCCAGCAGCAAAGGAACAUUGCGGAGGAGCUGGACCCGACCUUCCAGACCAGGAGGCAAGGCGCAGACAUCCUCCAAAUGGGACAAAGCGGCCCCAUCAGUCAGUCACUUCCCGCACCACAUGCAGGCCUGCAGGACUUUCCCCAGGAGCCAAACUUCAUCCCGCCCACCAAGCGCCCGACAGACAAACAAGGACGCACUAAACCCAAAGAAAAGAAAGAAAAUUUUCUUGUAACAGAAGGAGCAGAGGUGGUCGCCGCAGAGGAGGCCAUCUUUGCACCCACACUGUGUGUCGCUUGUGGUGGUGCACACCUUCACCAGAACCUGUGCACCUGCAUGAUGAUGAUGAUGAGACGGUUGAAAAGGGUUCGAGAAGCUUGAUAGCUCACCCUAAAGUAGUACUGACCUUCACACUGCGUGCACCUGUCACACCUGUCAGCUUUGGGAUUUUCUGUGAAGGUUCCCGACUCACAAGGGGUGCAAAGCGUUUUUGGAUCUAGGCCACAGUUUUUAACCAGACGGUUGCCUGCAAACACACAACCGGCAGUGUUAAUAUAGGGAUAUGGCGAUCAAUAACGGACCGUUUUCCUGAAAAAGUAUGUGACCGGCUACUGCCAAUCAAUGCCUUCCAGUGCCGCUCACAAAAACCCAUCCCUUCUGGCUGACACUUUAUUUAUUUUUAGUCCCCCGGCUGACAGGCGGCUAGCAGCUAAUUGUGUUUGUCUCUAUACAGAGUGUGAAGCCGCUCUCCUAAAUUAAUAAUCAUCACCUACAUAGCAACAAAUAAACAACAUUACAUUACAUGUUCGUGUUGGAGGAGUUAUGAAUGACUGAAAUAUGAAAUCCAUGCUGCAGUCUGCAGGUGUACCUAAUGUUGUGGGCCAGCAGUCAUUCACAACUCCUCCAACACGAACAUUAUUGUUCUCGCACUUUUUGGCUUCUUAUUAAAUAACUUUUUAAAAUUGAUUCAAUCUUGCACGUGGAAAGUUUAAGUGUGGGCUUUAGUUGAUAUAACACUCCCGUCAGGGGGUGCAUUCUAUGGCGGGGGUGCAUUAUCCGGCACAAAGAGGCGGGAUUACUGCGAGCCUCAGCCAGUGCGUCUUCGCAGCCGUUUUAUGCACAUACAGUUGUUGACAAAAUACACUGUACAUUAUUUACCUCAGCUAACUAAACUAUGGAAAUGUAUAAUAUAAUUCAUAUAGCAAUACGGUCUCACUGAACAGCAGGCCAGCAGUUAUACAUUGCUAAUGUGGUAAAUGACUAUUCUAGCUGCAAAUGUCUGGUUUUUGGUGCAAUAUCUACAUAAGUGUAUAGAGGCCCAUUUCCAGCAACUAUCACUCCAGUGUUCUAAUGGUACAAUGUGUUUGCUCAUUGGCUCAGAAGGCUAAUUGAUGAUUAGAAAACCAUUGUGCAAUCAUGUUCACACAUCUGAAAACAGUUUAGCUCGUUACAGAAGCUACAAAACUGACCUUCCUUUGAGCAGAUUGAGUUUCUGGAGCAUCA